AAGAUGCUCCUCUUGCUGGCUCUAGCCACCGUCCUCUCCGCAGGCUCCUCGAGGGAGCUAAACCGGACCUCCAAGCUGCCGGCAGACAGCACGGAGCAGUGCUCGGCGUGCGAGUUCAGGGAACACAGCAAGCAGAUGAGACUCUACAGCAUCAAGUCCCAGAUCCUCAGCAUCCUGCGGCUGGAGCAGGCGCCCAACAUUAGCAGGGACAUGAUCCAGCAGCUGCUGCCUAAAGCGCCACCUCUGACGCAGCUCCUGGACCAGUACGAUCCGCGGGUGGAGGAAGAGGACCACGCCACCACAGAAACAAUCAUUACCAUGGCAACCAAGUCAGACGCGACGGGUAUGUUGUCUUAUUGCCUGUUCAGUCUCAGUCCGAAGAUCCAUCCUGAGAACAUCCUGAGCGCUCAGCUGUGGGUUCACCUGCGGCCGGUCGACAUGGUCACCACGGUCUUCCUGCAGAUCUCACGCCUCAAACCCGACAAGGAGGGAAACAAUACCCGGGUCAGAGUGCGCUCUUUGAAGGUCGACACUGACGCCGGCGCCGGUUCCUGGCAGAGCAUCGACAUUAAGUCUCUGCUUCAAGCGUGGCUGCGUCAACCGGAGAGCAACUACGGCAUCGACAUCAACGCUUUUAACCCCCAAGGAGAAGACCUGGCAGUCACGUCCGCAGAACCUGGAGAGGAAGGCCUGCAACCGUUCAUCGAGAUCAAGAUCCUGGACAGUCCAAAGAGGUCCCGGCGCGACUCGGGCCUAAACUGCAACGAAGAGUCCGCUGAGACGCGCUGCUGUCGUUAUCCGCUCACCGUGGACUUUGAGGAGUUCGGCUGGGACUGGAUCAUCGCACCGAAGCGCUAUCGAGCCAACUACUGCUCGGGGGAGUGCGAGUUCCUGCACCUGCAGCAGUACCCGCACGCGCACCUGGUGAACAAGGCCAACCCGCGGGGCACGGCCGGGCCCUGCUGCACGCCCACCAAGAUGUCGCCCAUCAACAUGCUCUACUUUAACCGCAAGGAGCAGAUCAUUUACGGAAAGAUCCCCUCCAUGGUGGUGGACCACUGCGGCUGCUCCUGAUGUGCACACUCCAUGCAACACUUAGCUUGUGGAUUUGUAGGGUUUUAAAAAAUCAAACUAUAUGCAAGGACACAGUAUUUGUUUUAGUGCAUUUUGGAUUCACACGUUGACUGUGAGCUCCACGACGCCGUGACGGACCCCCCGCUGCUUCCGAUCUCUUCUGAUUUGAGCUUUGGCCAAAAGAAAGUCUGCAUGAUGUCCAACAUGUGCUUUUAUUUGAAAAACAACGAACUGAAUGCCCUUUCAUUCCCUGCGCAUGUUUACAAACCCCUUGCUGGGAAUCACACACCAUUCAUUUAUCAGGACAUCCAGCAGGUUGUGCACAAUUUAUAAGAUGAGAUCACUAAGGAAGCAAUUUCCUCUGUACAAUGACAUUUUCUAACAUUUCU